GUUUGGAGACAUGACCACAUCUGAUAAUUGACCUCUUGCUAGAGCUCCAACUGAAGCAGGUGCCCUGGUUCUCAAGCAGCCACAGGUCUGGUCACAUGGCUGAAACAGCACAAGCAGUAGGGCCAAGAGUUGGAGCUGAGGAAUUUCUGAGGGGCUGAUUCAGUGACUUUCUGCUGCAGCACGUCUUCAUCUUCCCCAGUUGCUCCAGGCAGAUCCAUCAUGUGGGCACUGAUGGCCUUGCUGCUUCUGGCUCCAAGCACUGGUCAAGCUGCCACCCUGGAAAAGCCUGUAUUGUCUCUACACCCACCUUGGACCACAAUCUUCAAAGGCGAGCGGGUAACCUUACGAUGUGAUGGACAUUAUCCUCUGCUCCUGGAGCUGCGACCCAUCAACACUCUCUGGUAUUUGGGCCACCUACUUUUGCCCUCCCACAAGAAGAGCAUUGAGGUACAGACACCAGGGGUAUAUCGAUGCCAGACACGGGGAGCACCUGUCAGCGACCCCAUCCACCUCUCUGUAUCUAAUGACUGGCUGAUCCUGCAGGUGCCCUACACUGCGGUGUUUGAGGGCGAGCCGCUGAUCCUGCGCUGCCGCGGCUGGUACGACAAGGUGGUCUACAAGCUGCACUACUACCACGACGGCCAGGCGGUGCGUUAUUUCCACUCUAGCACCAACUACACUGUGGUGCAGGCGCGCUCCAGCGACAGUGGGCGCUACCAGUGCUCGGGCACCAUGCGCAUCCCGGUGGAGAGCGCGCCCAUGUUCUCCGCCAAGGUGGCCGUGACUGUGCAAGAAUUGUUCCAGACGCCGGCGCUCAGGGUGCUGCGCCCCCAGGAGGUCCGCGGGGCCGCUCCCCGCGGGGUGACCCUGCGCUGCGAGACGCGCCUGCACCCGCAAAAGCGUGACACGCCGCUGCAGUUCGCUUUCUACAAGUACAGUCGCGCCGUGCGCCGCUUCGACUGGGCCGCAGAGUACACGGUCCCGGAGCCCGAGGUCGAGGAGCUCGAAGCCUACUGGUGUGAGGCGGCCACCUCCACCCGUAGCGUCCGGAAGCGCAGCCCGUGGCUGCAGCUGCCCGGACAGGGCUCUCCCCUGGAGCUGGCGUCCACCUCUGGCCCGGAUCCCCAGGCUGCAGCCUUGGCGCCGGGUAACAAGCCGCUUUCCUUCAGAAAGCCUCCAGUGUCCAGGUCGGUCCCAUCAGUCACCUCCGUCCCCAAUGCCACCUCAACGGGGCUGCAGUUUCCGGCAGGCCACAGCGUCCCUACUGCUGGGCCACCCGCUUGCGCUCCGUCCACGACCGUGGGACAGUCAACGAGAGAGCCGAAACCCAACAUGGAGCUUCUCCUCCAAGAAAUGCAGCUGCUCAAAGGCCUGCUGAGCCGAGUGGUUCUGGAAUUAAAAGAGCCGCAGGCCCUGUCAGAGCUCCGAGGAACCCGCGAGACCCCCACUUCCUACUUUGCUGUGAGCCUGGGAUCCCAAGAAAGCGCUCCAGAGGAGACCUAAGAGGCAGCCUCGGUCUUCUCUCCAGGACCACUCCUCCCGGGUCUACCCUGUCUCCCCUCAGCCUGCGCUAUUUCAGAGCCAUUUCUGGUUUUUGUUUUGCUGUGAUUAUAAAAGAAGCACCCAUACAGCAUGGUGGCUGACGAUCACGACUUCACACCGUAGUUUGUAACCACAAGCAUUCACCCUCAUGUGUUUCUUCUCCCACAAUCCAGCAGGGAAACAGAAAGCUGCUCUUUACAACUUUGAGUAUUACAGUUUGGAAGUUAAUUCAGUCUUCCUUAGUCAUCGUUAUAUAAACCUGGCAAGCACAUAUUUCAACAUAAAUAAUUUGUUUUGGCAAUUAAAAUCAUUGAGGUCACUGAGCACUUUAAAUUUUAGGGUUAGGUUCUAAUUGCUCAUAAUGAAUAUAUUCUUGUUAAUGUUAAUAUUAAUAUUAAAAAGACUCUGCCUUAUUACUGAUGAGUUCACAUCUUCUGAGUCCUGGGUUCUAUUUAGAGAGGGAAAGGUAUCUGUGUAGGCAUCCCAUACCUGGGCCGCAAGACUCGGGAUUAAGUUAGGCUCCUGCACAGGCACCUUGCCUUAUGGGGCCAGAUGGUGCUCUGGGACCAGCCCACCCUAACCUAGUGAAAAGGAAAGAAGUCUACCAUUUGCAUUUAGAACUCCCUUUGAGCAAAGUUUAGGACAAAUCCUCAACAUUACUCAAUUAUUUUUAGCAACUUCUUUUCUUUUGAAAAAACCAUUCAUUCACUACCACACACCCACUUGUACAUACAUACAGACCCAUAUCUUGGGCUGUGUGGAGACGGUACUGGGAAAUGAAGGAAGAAAAGUGAGAGGCCAUUUCAAUCGCAAGUUGACCUUUGCUCUCUGAAAAUUCAAUUUCCAUGGGUUCUCCAUCUCCCUACUGGAGUCCCAGGCUUCCUGCAGGGCUGGUACGAUUUUUUCUCAGGUCUCAUUAUUUUUAAGUCCAUACCCUCCCUAAGUUUGACCGUUAAGUGUCAGAACUAAUACCUAUCCCCUUCCCUCCCUCACUUCUGCUGGACAGAUAUUCAAUCUCCCACACCCCAUUUCGCCUCCUUUCCUCUUUCUCUCUCUCUCUCCAUUCAUCUUUCUGUACUAUGGCUCGAAUCCAGUGUUUGCACACUGAGUUAUAUUCCCAGACCUUUUUAUCUUUUUCUUUGCUUUGCUUUCUUUUUUUUAGGGACAGGGCCUUGCAGUGCAGUUCUGGUUGGCGUUGAACUCACUAUAUAGCCCAUGUUGGCCUUGAACUCUUGGUUUUUCUCCUGCCUCAGACUCUCAAGGGCUGGGAUUACAGAUGUGUACUACCACUAAACUGAUCUUAAUGGAUACUUGCUUACUUCUGAGAAGGUGUGUCCAGGUCCCUGUACUAGAUACCUGGUUUGCAAGGGUCUUUGUAGCUCUGAUUUCCAGCUUUCUAAUGCAGACUUAUUUGUCAGAAUUCUCUUCUCUGUGUCCUUCACUGACUAACUGCCCUCUAUGCCAGUGUACAGGCUCUUUCGUCCUUCUGAUUUUGUGAUUUUUGUCCCCCUGAGGAUCCUGCCAUCUCCCAGCUAAACAGGAAGUAACUAGCAUUAGUGCAGAACUUAUACCCUUAUCUUUAAAACCAAUAUAUAACCACUAUGCAAAUCAAAUUCCUCAAAAACCCUAAAGCUGGAAAUUUCACUUGACCAGCUAUUUCCCUUUUACAUAUCUCCCCCAAAGAAAUAAAGAUAUCAUUUUACAGUGAAACAUGCAUACUCAUAUUUAUGGCAGCACAAUUCAUAACAGCUAAAUCUUGGAAGCAGCCUAUAUAUUCAUCAACAGAAUGAAUAAGGGAAAUGAGGUAUUUAUAUGCAAUGGAAUAUUAUUCAGCCACAAAGAUAUAUCUGAGUCACUUGUAGGAAAAUGGAUACACCUUGAGACCAUAAUGUAAACUUAAAUAAAUCAGAUACACAAGCCUAAAUAUUGCCUGGUUUCUCUUAGAUGAGAAACACAAAGUAUAAAAAGAAAAAUAAGAGAUAAAUCACAGGGCAUAAGGAAAUAGAUCUUUCUCAAAUGGGAAGAAAAUCAAGAGAUGAAGA